UUAGAAGCGGAUUGGUGCUAAACAGCCAACCCGGUCAUUGGUUAAGGAGAAGACGCACCGUCGGAGACUUGCAUAUAUAAGGAGCCGCGCCCAGACGGCCAACAGGGGUGGGGAGAGGGUAAAAGAUGACCAGAGAUGGAAGUGAAGCGGAUGGGCCAAGAUUUCGAGACGCCGUGGGAGAAAUGAUCGCGAAUAAGCCAGGAAAAGAGAGCCAAGUCAUAGGGCGCUCUACCGCGACCUGUUGACGAGCCAGAACACUGCUGGUCAUCAACCGCGCCUGCUUCGUACCCGUAUCCCGUUUGCUCGGGCUGUUACGGGCGGACAGACGGGGGUUAUAAAUCGCCAACGCAAUCCCCCCUAUUCCGGUAUCGCACCGUCUUACCAAGCGAUACAAGGUCUGUUACCGGCUUCGAUCUUAACCCCGGCCGGCAUCUAGCCAGCCAGCGAGGCAGCAAAGCCAAGCCCCAACGAUGCGCCCCCGCCUAGCACUCCACACGCUCCCCCUCCUCGCCCCCGUCUCCGCGCACGGCUACGUCGAGUCCCCGCCGACGCGCCACCCGGGCCCGGCGUCCCUGGCGGCGUGCGGCGCGGCGGUGACGGAGGACAUCACCCGCGACAACACGUCGCACGUGGAGGGCCUCCCGGAGCUGGCGGCGGCGGACCCGGGCUACUCGGGGCCGGGCGCCUGCAACUUGUGGCUGUGCCGGGGCCUGCAGUUCGACGACAACCGGGAGGGCUCGCAGGCCUGGCGGGCCGGGCAGGAGGUCAACUUCCGCGUCAGGCUGACCAUCCCGCACGACGGCAGCGCCAACGUCAGCGUCGUCCGCGCCGCCGACGACGCCGUCCUCGGAGAGCCCCUGGUCGUCUGGCCCGAGGGCUACGCCAACGAGACGCUGUACUACGCCAGGGAGCUGCCGCUCAAUAAUACCGACUUCAACGUCACCCUGCCCGACGUCAGCGCCGAGUGCGGAGUGCCCGGAGCCUGCGUUCUCCAAUGGUGGUGGUAUGCCAAAACCGCAAAGCAGACUUACGAGUCGUGCGUCGACUUCACCAUGGCGGCGACGGCCUAG